CCGGAAUGAAGGCUGGUAUGGAAGAAUCGUAGCCACCGCUUUCCUCGGUUUUUGUGUGAUUAAAUUCCCAAAUCAUCAUUUUAUAUAAAAACCAAUAAAUUGGCGUUUCAAAUUCUCACUCACUCACUCACUCGGUGUACUUUGCAACACCCUUAUCCCAUUCUCACAUUCCAACAUAAGCAGGAAGGGUAACGCGGAAGAAAUCGACUCUUAUAUGGCCAGGAGAAAGAGCAACGCUAGCAAAAAGUUAACUAAGCGCCAGAUGGCAGAGAAAUAUCAGAAUAACGGAACAGUUUCUAACAGUCAUCCAACAAAAAAGCGUGGUAGACCACGAAAGAUCUCUCAAUUUCUGGAAUCACACACAACAGUAUCCAGUUCUUCUGGUUCUUCUGAUGCAUCCGCUUCAACAUUUGAUGUGGCACCUCCAUCUCCAAUACAAGGGGUACACACACCGUGUACUCCACAACCAACAAAUUCAGAUAAUUCAGACGCAGGACAUAUCAAUGAGGCAGAUGUUGGAUUAGAGACACAGAGCAAUGAUGACAAGCCAAUGCUACACCUUGAUGGGCAAGGAUUUUUACCUUCACGACUUGCUGCUAGUGGGAUUGGGGAUAUCAUCACAAGGUAUUAUACUGAUCCUUGGCCAUCUUGGAGGAAGAUACCAGCUAGAACAAGAGACGCGAUGUUUGAGGAGUUUUUGACAAAGUUUUCCAUUAGUCCGCCAGAUUACAGGUGGGCAAAACGGAAUUUUCAAAAGAGAGCUUCAAUAUUGUUGACCAAUAAACUAGUUAAGGCUCGAACCACACUGGAUAAACCAAAUUGGAUUGAAGAUGGAGUCUGGGAGAAAUUGUGUGAGCAUUGGAAAUCUGAAGAUUUUAAAAGCAAGAGUGCCCAAGCAAAAACUAAUCGAGCAUCUAAUUAUGCAGCAUCUCACACUGGUGGCUCUAUUUCUGCAUCUCAGCAUAGAGCUAAUAUGAUUAAAGAGACUGGAGUUGUCCCUACCCCAUUGGAGUUGUAUCGUCGCCUGCACCAACACAAGGACAAUACAUGGGUGGACAGCAGAUCGAAAAAUCUAAAUGAGGCCUUUACUCGCACAAUGAAACAACUGACCAAAAGUGCACUGGCACAAGGAAAGCCUCCACCAAAUGAGUUGGAUGUCUGGUCUGAUGUGGCUAGAUCGAAGAGAGGAAAGGUGUAUGGGUUUGGAGAAAAAUCUGCAGCAUUUAGAGGAGGGCAAUGCUCUCAUGUCUCAUCUUCAUCAAUGUUGAUUAUAAAACAAGAGUUUGGUGAACUUGGACUAGAAUCUACUGAAGUUAGAGGAGGUCAAUGCCAUCAUGGUUCAUCUUCACCAAUGGAGUUGAUUACGAAAGAAGAGGUUGAUAAACUGAGGAAGGAGAUGGAAGAAGUAAGAAAAGAAAGAGAUGAGCUUCAGACCAAAGUUUCAAAUACCGAGAGGCAUAAUUCAUCUUCAUCAAAGGAGUUGAUUACAAAACAAGGGUUUGAUGAAUUGAGGAGGGAGAUGGAAGAAAUAAGAAAAGAAAGAGAUGGGCUUAAGACCAAAGUUUCAAAUACUGAGAGAUAUGGUUCAUCCUCAUCAAUGGUGUUGAUUACAAAACAAGAGUUUGAUGAAUUGAGGAGGGAAUUGGAAGAGCUAAGAAAAGAAAGAGAUGAGAUUAAGACUAAAGUUUCAAAUACUGAGAGACAUGGUUCAUCUUCAUCAAUGGAGUUGAUUACAAAACAAGGGUUUGAUGAAUUGAGGAGGGAGAUGGAAGAAAUAAGAAAAGAAAGAGAUGGGCUUAAGACCAAAGUUUCAAUUACUGAGAGACAUGGUUCAUCCUCAUCAAUGGAGUUGAUUACAAAACAAGAGUUUGAUGAAUUGAGGUGGGAGAUGGAAGAACUAAGAAAAGAAAGAGAUGAGAUUAAGACUAAAGUUUCAAGUACUGAGAGACAUGGUUCAUCUUCAUCAAUGGAGUUGAUUACAAAACAAGAGUUUGAUGAACUGAGGAGGGACAUGGAAGAAGUAAGAAAAGAAAGAGACGAGCUUCAGAUCAAAGUUUCAAAUACUGAGAAGCUUAUAGAGGAGAACAAUGCAUUGAUUCGGCAGAUGAUGGAAACCAUCAAUGAUCAGUCCAUGAUAUCCAUGCACUCAAGAGGAAAGUCAAAACUAAGAUGAGACAGUAAUGAUGUUUGGAUAGGUUGAUUUUGGAGUUAGAGAAAAUGAAAGUAGUAAUUUAGGAAAGAUUUCUUAAAUUUCAUGGGUUUUGGAUGACAUGUAAAUGUUAAGGAUAGGCAAAAGUAGUUGACCCAACUAGAUUAUCUUUCCUUCCAAUAAUGAUAGGAAAUUGGAAGGAUAUCAAUAAGGACAAACUUUUCUUCUGCUUUUACAUCAAUUAUAUCUGUUGUUUUGAAAAAAGAAAGCACAAGAAACCUACUUCAUUUUGA